AUGUCCUCCGCCAACGAUAACGCCUCCUCGCCGCUCCCGGGCGAUGGGGUGAGCAAGCGCAAGCAGGGUUCCGCCGCUUGUGUGCACUGUCACCGGCGCAAGGUCCGCUGUGAUGCCCGCACCGUCGGACUGCCCUGCACUAAUUGUCGGGCUUCUGGAAAGGCCGAUUGUCGUAUUCACGAGAAGAAAAAACGACUUGCAGUGCGCUCUAUCCUCGAUCCCGUUCCGAUCCGAUCUCGGCCUCUCCCGACAUCUGAUCAUGCCGCCAACCCUCCAACUACAGCGGGAACACCGCUGCCGCCAAGUUUUCCCACUGCAUUUCCAGGCGGUUCCGCGACAACGCCUUUGGCAAGCAACCUCCCACAUGGAUUUCAGCCAACUGCCGGGUCAGAGACCUUCGGGCGCCACGGCCCGGAUCUAUCCCACGCCCAUGAAGCACACACGGAGAUGGAACAGCAUCUCGUGAAACUAAUUGAUGAGGAGGAAUCCGGUAGACGAGAAAUUCAACGAGGCGUGCGUGCGUUUUAUGUGGGCCACGAACACUCGAAUAUGUCCUUUUUGAUCCGCCAGCAACGGGACCAAGAUGACGAUGUCUACCAUUUCGCCAGUAACGAAAUCCCGCGACGACAGAUGAAGACUGGUCAUGACCAACUUCUCAUGGAUGCUUUGACCCUUCCCGAGCCGGCUCUGGCAGAUGAGCUUGUACAAGCGUACUUUACAUAUGUCAACCCGGGGUACCCAAUCGUGGACGAGGAUUUAUUUAUGACACAAUACCGAAAUCGAGACCCUGCAGAUCCCCCGCCAAUCUUACUACUCCAAGCUAUCCUUCUUGUAGGAUCUCAUGUCAGUCGUCCUAAAGCUGAACGAGACGCCCUCAAGGAGAUCUUCUUUCGCCGCACUAAGUACUUGUGGGACAAUCGUAUUGAGCGAAACCGAGAUAUCCUCGUUCAAGCAGCACUACUCCUCACUUGGCACUCUGACAGUGCAGACGAUGAUGUCGCCGCGGACGCCCAUUUUUGGGUGGGUGUGGCUGCUAGGAUUGCCACUGGUCUUGGAAUGCAUCGUAAUCCUGUCUCUAGUCGCUUUGUUACCAGAGAUCGACGAAUGUGGAGACGAGUCUGGUUUAUUAUGGUUCAAUUCGAUGUGAUGAUCUCUCUUUCAUAUGGUCGCCCACAAGCUAUAAACCUGGAUGACUCAGAUGUAUCCCCAUUGACCCCUGCUGAUUUCGAAAACUGUGGACCCCAUGUACAAACUGAGUUUGUAAUGCAUUUCACUGAACUCUGCACCAUGAUAUCCUAUUUAAUUCGAGAUCGCUUCGGACUUCGGGCCACCGAUGAACGGCGAAAGGCGGUUCUUCAAGAGGCUGACGAAUCAUUGGCGAAUUGGUCUUUAAAACUUCCUGAUAAUCUGCGUCUCCGCGCGUCUGAUAUGGACCCAUGGUCUGCUAUGCUUCAUUUGACUUAUAACAAUUUCCUUAUUCUGCUUCAUCGGCCUCAUCCGAGAGCAUCUGCAUACUCGGAUGAUUACGGUCCCCACGAUGCGGAGAUCUGCAGUGCCGCUGCCGGAGUCAUUGCCUCGAUCUUUGAGGAGCUGAGACUCAAUGAUCGCUUGAAGUUCCUUUGGUAUACCGGUGUCCACACUCUAUUUACAGCUAUGAUUCAAGUACGGGUGGAACUUCGAUUUUCAAACCCGGUUCUCGCUAUCAACGCCUUGCGCCGUUUCGAUUCGGCAUCUUAUUCUUUGCGAGAAUUGGCUCAGUACUGGGUUCACGCAGGAACAAUCCUGCGGCUAUUCGAGGACUCCAAACGUCUCCAGGAAGAUCUGCGCCUGGCAACCAAUGGCGGACCAAAGCCAUACAACGGCGUCCCUCACGGCCCUACCAAAGUCUUGCCCGUCAACUCUCCGGAUCCUGUUGCAGCCAUGCAACCCACCCAAACACCUCGCCCACUUUCUUUUGGUGUGCCUACUCCAGAAUCCACUUCCAUGCAGCAAACCACCCUAUCGCCGCAGGCCAAUCCAGGGUUCGAGAAUUGGAUCACUGCACCACUCAGACUCAAUGUUGGGCCGUUGGAACGGAAUGACCCGUACUCAAACCCCAUGCAAGUCGAUCAGAUGGAUCAGUCCCGAGACUACCCAGACUGGCGACAACUCUUCUCUUUUACGGACUCGGACCUACCUGUUCCUAUGGCGAUGGAGGGCCUAAUGGAACUGGAGGAUGAAUGGCGCCAAAUAUAUUGGCAGGACACCCCAAUGGCGGAUCUUAUCCAGGAUGGAGGGUGGAUUCCUGGCUGA